ACUUUAGUUUUGUCAGUAUCGAUAUUCUUUGUAAAAAGUGGCUACCAUAUCAGGCAGAGAAGCUCAAAAAAAGACUUGACAUGAUUCAACAACCGCUUAUUUUUCUUAACUUCUCUCUUCUUUCCUUUAUUAUUUGACAACACUCUAAUGGAUGUAAAUAAUCCAUUUACUCUUACUGGUCGCAAGGCCUCAGGAAGAAAUAGGAAUGGCAUGUAUCCAAUUGCUAGACAACAACAACAACAACAACAGAAAGAACAAUAUGGGUUUCCUGAAUUACAAGCUGUUAUGGAAGAUAUUCACAAUGGUUGGGAAUUUAUGUUGGAUGAAGAUUUCGAUCCUGUGACAUUGGCUUUGGCUUUGAUGGAUGAUAGCUCUGUUGGAAAAGGACGAGAUUAUGACACUUUUCAACGUAUUUAUUAUGAUCUUGAUGAUGCUCUACAUAUCAUUGUUGAUGACUAUUAUAAAGGUUUCAACAAUUCCAUUGGCACUUUUGGGGGUGUUUUGCAACAUAUCAAUGAUUCAAGGAAUCGCGUGACGCAAAUGAAGGCAAAUUUGAAAAAAUGUAAAGCUGAAUUAUUGGAAAAGCAUACAGAUCUUUUGAAUAUGUGGUCAAAAACACAAGAACACAAGGAAAUGCUUUCUUUAUUGGAAACUAUAGAAGAUAUUCGAUCCACACCGGAAAAACUGGAUAACAUGACAAGUAAUAAACAUGUUCUUUCGGCAGCUACUCUAUUAGUUAAUUCCUUGAAGACUAUCAACAGCAAAGAAAUGAUGGAAAUUGGUGCCCUUGAUGAUCUUCGAAGCACACUGAAUACUGAAAAGAAUGAUUUAUAUGAUAUGCUUCUUGAAGAACUUCACAACAAUCUAUAUCUAAAAAGCUUUUAUUGUGUCAACUUAUGGUGUGAUUAUAUUACUGGACAACAAACAUUACCAGAAUUAACUAUCAAGCCAAGAAAUUUUUCAGAAAAGGAAAAAGUUAAAGAACAGGACAUGUUUUCCGUGGAUGAAAAUGAGAUUCUGGCAGAAGACCUGGAUAAGAAUCCUGAAACGGACCCUUAUUAUUAUAUGGAAAUCAUUAUGGAAGCUUUGGCUGUAUUAGGAGAAAUACCGGCUGCUUUACAGACACUUCAAGAUAGACUUCCCUUGGAAAUACAUACACUAUUUGAUUCGACUAUCAAACAAGUAGAGUCAAGGCACUCUGUUCAACCUCAGCAAACAAAUCGUGAUCAGAACAAAAUGGAUGAAGAAUCUGAUAUUUAUUGUUUGGACAAAGCAAAUACGGAUGCUCGGAAUGAAAUUUUGAAGGAUUUACUUUGGACAUUGUAUUCAAAAAUUGAAGCUGUACUCCGUGGUCAUCGAUUUAUUGAAAAUUGUGCUCAUAGAAGCAAAAAGCGUCUUGCUGGUUCUUCCAAUGGUAAUUUUCGUAUAUAUCACUUUCAUGAAAUCUGGCGGCCAAUACAAGCUGAAAUCCGAUCACUAUUACAAGAUUAUCUGACAACACAAGAACGAAGAGCAGCAGCGGCAGCACAAUCGAAUUCCUUUUUAUUAAAGGACGAUUCAUCUAACAAUGAAUCAACAAAGUCUCGUACCAAAUCAAAAACUCUCUUCAAGUUUACUGAUGCUUCUGAAAGUGCAGUGGUGGCGGCUGAAUAUCAGCCGGUACAAGAUCUCCUUUACUUCCGAUAUCGAAAGAUGAUUCCUGAGCUUGCAUCCUCUGAAGAAAUAUUAUCUGGCUCUAUGAUGAACUCCAACAUUGUAGACCGUUUCUCAACAAACAUGAUGGCUCGUGGUGGUCACAAGUUACUGGUUAAUCCUGAUGCUUACAAUGUCAGUGUUUUGUUGAAACCUACUAUGGCAUUUUUACAACGUCUUCGAGAAGUAUUUCCCAAUUAUGAUGAUCAAAGUGAAGAAGGUUUUGGAAGCUUUUUGGAUGACUUUGCGGUUAAUGUCUUUUUACCUCAGAUAGAAGAAAAGGUUAUGCAACUGAUCCAUUUGGCAACAUCAGGCCUGGACGCCUUUCAAGAUGCAAGACAUUACAAAAAUUUUUCCAAAUAUCCCAUUGCCAAGAGUGCCGUGGCGUUGAUUUCUGUUGUACAAAGUUUAUGCCGGACCAUGCACACUAUGCCAUUUCACACUGAAGAAUACAUUCGUAUGGCUGAAGUAGUAUUAUUGAAAUACUAUGAAAAAUGCUAUCAACGAUUUUAUUAUAUUGUCGCUCGUGGAAAUACAUAUACAACUCGUAGCAACAAGGAUCAAAGCACAGCUGAUACCAAUAUCAGUGCAAGUGGUGAUUGGGCACAAGAUGAAAGUCUUGUUGGUCUACUGGCACAGAAUCCCUACUUCAACGACGAUACCAAAGCUGACGACGAGUUUGUCAAGGCUCUCAAUCAAGCGGAAAUCACAAUGGAAUUCAAACUGAAAAACGAGACCGAACCUAAUCGUCAAAUUGAAGCAGAUGAACUUAUCUUUGAUCAAAACAAGCUUAUUUUCCUCGGACGACUGUAUCAUAGUUUAAAAUGGUUUGUUCGUGAAAUUUGGGAACUUCGUACCGCUCAUGAAACUUCCAAUAUGCCUUUUGGAUCUCCAGAUGGUGAAUCUUAUGAGGCUGCCAAUUCGAGAAGAUGGUCAUCCAGCGAAAAACGCUUGUCUUCUAUAGAACAUACUGGAGCAGCCUUACUUCCUUUACGUGGUGAAGCAGCAAGACGUUUCGAUACCCUUCUGACAACUUAUCAACAACUAGCCGAAACAUGUCUUUUCACUCUUCGUCUGGAAAUUCGUUGUCACACUCUGUAUUAUUUACAAAUGGUGAUACGUGAUGGAAACUACUAUCUUGAAGAUGAAUCCUUUGAACCCGAUCCAUAUGUGAUUACAUUGAAUUCUGAUUUGAUGGAUAUUGAUGAUUCGAUCAAUGUGUCUUUACCAAGAAAGGAUGAAAUGUUUUGUUUUGACGGGUUACCAGCAUUGAUGGUUCAUAUUCUUAUUUCAGAAGCUGGUUAUAUCAAACGUAUGAAUCAUCAUGGUGCUCAAAAAAUGAUCCGCAAUAUCCUUGCUCUUCAACAAAACUUAACCAACUUUGUGGCUCCCAAUCAAAGUGCAGUCAUGGAACGUGCCCGUGCCUACUACCAACUUUAUGACUAUGGAACUGAAAACCUGAUCAAGAGUAUCCGUGACAAUGGACCUUCAUUUACUUUUGAUGAAUAUUGUGUGAUUCUAUCUUUGAUUAAUGAUGCCAAUGAUGACAGCGAUACCCAAGAAGAAGAUGGGUCAAAGAGAAAGGCAAGCGACGCUCCUUCGGAUUGGUUGAUGAAGUUGGAUGAAGUGAUGGUAGAAUAUGACACCUAGAGCGUAAUAUUUUUAUUUUAUCAAUACCUUACUUUUCUUCUUUUUUUAACUAUUAUUAUUUAAUAAAACAAACUACUUUAUUGAUGUCUUAUUUAUACA